AUGGGAGUGAAACGCGCCACAGUCAUUUCUGAUGGCAGAGGCAUUGUGCGCCUUCCUGACAUGUCGGAACCAGACCACUAUGUGUGUGAAGACCUGAAAGGGACACUCAGCCAGUUUCAGGCUGAUGGAGAUUACAUCCUUGGAGGACUCUUUCCACUUUAUUCCAGUAACACGAGCAGAGCUAACAGAGCAAAUUCUGAAUCUCACAAGUGUGAAAGAAUCCAACUUGAUGGUUUCCUUUGGGUUCAUGCAAUGAAAUUUGCUAUUGAAGAGAUCAAUAACUCUAGCACUCUCCUACCAAAUGUGACGCUGGGAUAUGACAUCCAGGACACCUGUCUCAUGUCCUCAGUUGCAAUGCGUUCAGCCAUUUCCUUCUUAAGCAUGAAAGAUGGAGCUCCGUUUGAAGUGAAGUGUGAUUACACAAAUUAUAGCACACGAGUGCUUGCCAUUCUUGGUCCCUCUACUUCUGAGCUCUGCAGAAUUACUGCUCGACUCUUCAGCUUCCUCCUCAUUCCACAGAUUAGUUACUCUGCUUCAAGCAAUUUAUUUAAUGAUAGAAUGAACUUUCCAUCGUUUUUCCGGACAAUUCCCACGGAUGAAGUCCAGGCUGCAGCCAUGGUAUUGAUUGUGGAGACAUUUCACUGGAACUGGAUAGCAGUGAUUGGGGCAGACAACUCAUAUGGUCGAAGGGCAAUGGCACACUUCACAAAACUUGUCUCCAAAACUGGGAUUUGCAUUGCAGUUGAGGAAUUGAUUUCUGUUAAUCUACACGGCUUCAAACUGCAGAAGAAAAUGGAAUCAGUCGUCUCACACAUUGUCCACUCACAGGUUAAUGUCACAGCAGUGUUUGCUGAUGAUAUUUAUGCUAAGACAUUGCUGACAGUAGUCCUGGAGCAGAAUAUUACAGGGAAGGUAUGGAUUGCCAGUGAGGGCUGGGUUACCUCUGAAACAGUCGCCAGCAUGCCAAAUAUCUCAAGCAUUGGGACCAUCCUGGGUGUAAGCAUUAAAAAUGGCAACAUCCCUGGGUUUGAGUGCUAUGCUUCCACUGCACUGGUUCUCAACCACAUGCCCAGACUGAAAUCUCAAAGAUGUAGCAGUGAUGAGAGAUACCUGGAAAUGAGAAAGUGCAGCAAUUGUCCAAAACUGUCUGUCGAAGCACCUGUGGUUAUUGGUGAAGACUUGCAACGGAUUUCAUUCAAUGUUUACUCAGCGGUGUACACUGCAGCUUAUGCUCUCCAUAGCCUGCUCCACUGUGACUUAAGAUCCUGCAACAAGGGCAACAUUUACCCAUGGCAGCUUCUGAAAGCAGUCAAAGAAGUUAACUUCACCCUCCACAACAGAGCUAUUUUCUUUGAUGAAGAAGGAAACCCACCGACAGGAUACGACAUCAUUAACUGGCAAUGGAAAGGCAGGAAUCCGAUUCCAGAAUUCAGAGUGAUUGGCGAAUAUAGAGCUCAAGAUAAAGAUCUUUUAAUUAAUGCAUCCCUGAUUGACUGGAAGACUCCGCAGAAUAAGAUUCCUGACUCCAACUGCUCAACUUCCUGUGGAUCUGGACAAGUGAAAAUAGUGAAGGGGCAUCUUUCUUGCUGUUAUGAGUGUGCGGACUGCCAAGCAGGAACGUUUCAGAGUGACGACAAACAGUGCCUUCCAUGUCAGAAAAAUGAGUGGUCACCACCAAGGAGUGCGAAGUGUGAAAAGAAAGUGAUCGAGUUCUUCCAGUGGACGGACACACUGGCCAUUCUGCUGGUCACGCUGACGACUGUAAGUCUCCUCAUCAUCAUGGCGGUAAUUGCCAUUUUCAUCCUCAAUCUCAACAGCCCCAUGGUCCGGCUGGCAGGAGGGACAAUCUGCCUGGUGAUGCUGAUAUUCAUGGCCACAACAUGCUGCAGCAUUUAUUUUUUCCUGGGGGAGCCAAACUGGUUGUUAUGUAGAGUUAGGCAGCCCCUUUUCUCAAUUGGCUUUGCUGGCUGUUUAUCAGCCAUGCUGGUGAAGUCAUUUCAAAUCUGA